UUUUGACAUGACAUGACCGAUUGACACUUGCUUGGUUGACAGCUAGUUAGCUACCUAGUCUAAUUGACAAUUGACAUUUGUGUUCUACUCUUGCUUUGCUGGAGUUGAGUUUGUAACAGGUUCGCGUUGACUGACCAGAGUCCGCGAAACACCAUCGCCCCACACCUAGUUAGAUAGCCGGGUGUGUCUGCUGAUUAUAUCAAUAUUUUCUUUAAAAGGAGGUGAACAGUGAAGAUGUCUCAAACUCUUACUUUUGGUGACUCAUGCGCUCCUAUUCCUUGUCAUGCAUGGAAUAAGGAUAGAACUCAGGUUGCAUUCUCCCCCAACAACAAUGAAGUUCAUAUUUACGAGAAAGAAGGUAAUGAUUGGAAGCAGACUAACAACCUCCGCGAACAUGACCUCAAGGUGAUGGGCAUAGACUGGGCUCCGAACACCAACCGCAUCGUCACCUGCUCUGUGGAUCGUAAUGCUUAUGUCUGGACCCAAGGCCCAGAUGGCAAGUGGACCACCACCCUUGUACUCUUGAGGAUAAACCGUGCUGCCACAUGUGUGAAAUGGUCCCCGAUGGAGAAUAAGUUUGCUGUUGGUUCCGGAGCUCGUUUGAUCUCCAUUUGCUAUUUUGAGAAGGAAAAUAACUGGUGGGUUUCCAAGCAUAUCAAGAAGCCCAUCCGUUCCACUGUCACUUCUCUUGAUUGGCAUCCUAAUAAUAUCCUUCUGGUUGCUGGCUCGGCUGACUUUAAGGUUAGAGUAUAUUCUGCUUACAUCAAGGAUAUUGAAGACCAACCAGGCCCUAAUGUUUGGGGAUCAAAGCUGCCUUUAGGACAGUUGUUGGCAGAGUUCCCGAAUUCGCCGUCUGGAGGUGGAUGGGUGCACAGUGUGUCAUUCUCUGCUGAUGGAAACAAAGUAGCCUGGGUCGGACAUGAUAGUUCCAUAAAUGUAGCUGACGCUACACAAGGGAAGGCUGUCAUUAAACUAAAGACUGAAUACUUGCCAUUUUUGGGUUGUCACUGGAUUACAAACAACUCAAUUGUGGUGGCAGGACAUAGUUGCAUUCCAUUGCUGUAUUGCUUUGAUGGGCAAGAGAUUAAGUUUGUGGCAAAAUUGGACAAUACCCAGAGGAAGGAGUCUGGAGGUCUCUCUGCCAUGAAAAAAUUCCAAUCGCUCGAUCGUCAAGCUCGUAUUGAAACUAACGAUACUUUCUUGGAUUCAAUCCAUCAGAAUGCUAUCACUCAUAUUUGUCUUUACAAAGGGACUAAAGCUAACAUGGACAAGUUUAGCACGUCCGGCUUAGAUGGACAACUUGUCAUUUGGGACAUAGAUGUUUUGAAAGCUAUGGAAGGUCUCAAGAUACAAUAAAAAGUAUUUCGCAUUUAUAAUCUUUAUUUAAGGAUAAUGUAAUAAUAUAGUGCGAGUUCUGAAGUCACUCUUGAAAGGAUAACACGGAAAGCUGUGGAAAUGAAAACAUUGCAAUCACAGUCUGAUCAGUCUAGCUAGAAAACAAGAGAACAGGCGAGUGAGUUCGGGUCGCAGCUUGUAGCGGCGCGUGGCGCGGAGCGUUACAUGAACAUUGUAAUUCCUCUUUCAUUGGAAUAUUCAUACGCGAGUUCUUGAGUGUAAUAAGCGCCAUCUUUGAGUGAAUCAACAAACGCUAACGCUCUACACAACGCCCGCGUGUCAAUAAACGAAGCCAAACAGUAAAAACUUCAAAUAUACAGUAUAAACUAUAAAUUUAUAGAUACAACUUCUAUGUUUUUUAUUAUAAUACAAUUAUAAUUUUUAACCAAUGAUAAUAAAAUAAUAAUUUAUAUAAAUUACGACGAACUACCCUAUUUAUAAUAGAUCACUUUUAAUACUACUGAAGUACUGAUUGCUGUCAAUAUUACAUUAAAAUUUAAGGAAUCAACGAAA